CCGCGGUUACCCAGGUAGCUGGCCGGCCAAAGAAAUCCUGUGGCAGUCUUGCAGCAGCUUCAUGGAUCUCUUCUCUUGCGUGAGAUAACUGGCCGUAUAAAGAAGAGAUCAACUCGUGAGACACAACUCGCAAAAGCCCCAAGCACUAUGUGGAGAGCUCUGAGCAAAACUGGAGGACCGGUGAGGUCUAUCCUGGCUCACAGAUGGCUGUCCUCGACAACCAUAAUCCCACAGAAGGUGGUCAUGAGUAAGUUCGAUACAGACAAGUACAUUCCCUAUGAAAAGAUGUCGGAGAACCUGAAGAUUGUUCGAGACAGGCUCCAGAGACCCUUGACCUUGUCUGAGAAGGUGGUUUACAGUCACCUGGACGACCCAAAGAACCAGGAGAUGGAGAGGGGAGAGUCCUACCUUCUUCUCAGACCCGACAGAGUGGCCAUGCAGGAUGCCACUGCACAGAUGGCCAUGAUGCAGUUUAUCAGCAGUGGACUCCCAAAGGUGAGGGUGCCAUCCACCAUCCAUUGUGACCACCUGAUUGAGGCUCAGGUCGGAGCCUCUGCUGACCUCAGCAGAGCUAUUGACACCAAUCGAGAGGUGUAUGACUUUCUAGCCUCCGCUGCCUCAAAGUACGGAGUUGGUUUCUGGAAGCCUGGAGGCGGCAUCAUCCAUCAGAUCGUUCUUGAAAACUAUGCGUUUCCUGGACUCUUACUGACAGGAACAGAUAGCCACACUCCCAACGGAGGAGGGCUGGGUGGUGUGUGUAUUGGUGUGGGUGGAGCUGAUGCAGUGGAUGUGAUGGCUGGCCUCCCCUGGGAACUAAAAUGCCCCCAUGUGAUAGGUGUUCGUCUGACAGGGGAAAUGGGAGGGUGGACUGCUGCAAAAGACGUCAUUCUGAAGGUGGCAGACAUACUGACGGUGGCUGGGGGGACUGGAGCCAUCAUAGAGUACCACGGACCUGGGGUUGACUCCAUCUCAUGUACUGGGAUGGCCACCAUAUGUAACAUGGGGGCAGAGAUUGGUGCCACCACUUCAAUAUUUCCCUUCAACCACCGCAUGUCUCGCUACCUCAGAGCCACCGGGAGAGAAGAUAUUGCAAAGGAGGCGGAGCGAUAUCCUGACCUCCUGACCCCGGACGAGGGCUGUACAUACGACAGGGUGGUGGAGAUAGAUCUGAGUACCCUGGAGCCACUGGUGAACGGUCCCUACACCCCUGACCUUGCCAACCCCAUCUCACAACUGGGGAAGAACGCCCAGGAGAACGGUUGGCCUCUCGACAUCAAAGUCGCUCUGAUUGGCAGCUGUACUAACAGCUCCUAUGAGGACAUGACUCGUGCUGCCAGCAUCGCUCAACAGGCUCUGCAGCACGGCAUCAAGACCAAGAGUGCCUUCACAGUGACCCCCGGCUCAGAGCAGAUCAGAGCCACCAUCUCAAGAGACAAAGUGGAUGAGACACUGGAGGCGGUGGGAGGACUGGUCCUGGCCAAUGCCUGCGGUCCCUGCAUCGGGCAGUGGGACAGAAGAGACGUUGACAAGGGAGAGAAGAACACCAUCGUCUCCAGCUACAACAGAAAUUUCACCGGCAGGAACGACGCCAACCCUGCCACCCACUCCUUCGUCGCUUCACCAGAGAUUGUGACGGCUCUUGCGCUGGCCGGAGACCUGAGGUUCAAUCCUCUGACUGACUCUCUGACCGGAGCCAGUGGAGAGGAGUUCAGACUGGAGCCACCAACUGGAGAGGAGCUACCCAGCAAGGGGUUUGAUGCAGGGGAGGAGUGCUACCAGGAACCUCCAGCUAAGGGCAGCUCGUCCUCCGUCGAUGUUGACCCCAACAGCAAUCGUCUGCAGCUGCUGACUCCAUUUGACAAAUGGGAUGGGAAUGAUAUUGAGGAUGCCCCUGUCCUGAUUAAGGUCUACCUGAAAUGCACCACGGACCACAUCAGCUCAGCUGGACCUUGGCUCAAAUACCGCGGACACCUCGACAACAUCUCCAACAAUAUGUUCAUCACGGCAAUCAAUGAGGAGAAUAAGGAGAUGAACAGUGUGAAGAACCAACUCACGGGAGAGUAUGGACCUGUGCCUGACACUGCCAGAUACUACAAGGCUCAGGGAGUAAAGUGGGUGGUGGUGGGAGACUCCAACUAUGGAGAGGGGAGCAGUCGAGAACACGCUGCCCUUGAACCUCGUCACCUCGGGGGCGUGGCAAUCAUCGUCAGGAGCUUUGCUCGCAUCCACGAGACGAAUCUGAAGAAGCAGGGGAUGCUGCCGCUCACGUUUGCCGACCCAGCAGACUAUGACAAGUUCCAGCCGUCUGACAGAGUAUCUCUGCUGGGACUAGCCAACCUCAGCCCUGGACAGCCAGUUCGCUGUGUUCUGAAGCACUCUGAUGGCUCAUCUGAGGAGAUUCAGCUCAACCACACCAUGAAUGAGACGCAGAUCUCCUGGUUCCAGGCCGGCAGUGCCCUCAACAAGAUGGCUGACAUGUUUAGAUAGUCGUUCUAGUUUAGGCAGCGAUGUUACCGUAUAUGGUGACAGUGCGCAUGCGCCCAGCAUCUUUCUCGCCGAGCGAAGGGGGGGGGCCGUUUUCUACGUGAUAAGUGGGUCAGGUCUGGUGCGUGCGCAUGUCUAUUACACGUGUAAAUUUCGCUCGGUUUUAUAAGGCUGCGCUGUGCAGGCACACACGCAGAGAUUCGUAUACAGCGUCAAGACACGGCUCAAUAACUUACCAUGGAAGUAUUUUACCCGAAUGAAUUUACAACUGAACGUCCACAAGGAAUUGGAGGCGAAUGGAGAGAGUUUUAUGAUGGAGAGCAACAGCAAAAUGUUAAAGAUAUCCGUGUUCCAAUUCUACAGUUGGCACACAUAACCCAUAAUGCUGAAGCUGAUCAAAUAACCACUGGCCUCUCGUUUCAAUUUAGAGUAGCACCAAAAUAUGGAAGACCUGGCAUGGGUUCUCGUAUGUGGAAUCCAGACAUAAAUGGUUUUGUUCCCAUAGAUCAAAAAACCAAUUUAUUUCCAGGGAAUUACUCAUGGUGGAGCCCAUAUGCUCACAAUUACCAUCUCCCACACGAUCACCCAAAUAGUGAAGAUUGCAUAUCUCCAGCUCAAAUUGCAGGGGUUCUUCCACAACAUUAUUAUGUUGCCAAUUACCUUAAACAUCCUCCCGAGUCAAUCUAUGGGAAUCGUGUUUUCCAUGCUGAUUUUUCAGAUCUUCAUGAUGCCUAUGUUGAAUCACGAAAUGAGCGCGGGGAGUUUUAUCAAAAUUGGGGGCACCUUGAGAUACACAGGCGAAAUUUGCUUUGUGCUUAUUGUUUGUACUGAAAAUGAUGAAUUGGAUUUCCCUGCACUUGGCACAAACAAUGAAUAUUUUGAAACAAAUGGUCUUAUCAAUGAUGAUGGAAGGGUUAUCGAUCGCAAUGCAAUAGCUAAUUUUCAUCCACGGCAUAUCAUUCAAUGGGCCAGGCCCAGAGAACAUGGGGAAACACCAUAUUACAGCUACAUAACACCUGCUUUUGCAUUUUACUAUCCCGAUGAAGAUGGAAUGUUGGUGUUGGAAGGUGCAAAGUGUCAUGAUGAAGUCAGAGUUGAACACACUGAAGCAUUUUGCUUAAAGAAGGUGUAUGGAAAUUGUCCCAAUAAC